UGCUGCAUGAAUUGAAUGUUGCGGUGGGUCAAGUGUCGAUAAACAUGUGGAAGAUGUUAUUGGCUUUGACCGCUUUGUGGGAUUUGUUGGGGUGUGAAUUUCUGACAGUGGCUGAAGUAUUAUUCUUCUGCGAGUUGACCUAUAACGAGAGGAAAAAAUGUGGCGGGACCGUUAAGCUAACUCCUCGUCCUAGAGCCCCGAAACUUUUGGAACAUACGCCUGAUUCCUCCACAACAUGGCGGGCUGCUGUGUGUGUUUCCACAGAAGGUUGGGAGUAUGACAUGAGGCCGGAUGGGGCGAAGGUUCCGCGGUUCCGGGUUCCUUCGAAGUUCCAAGCCAUAAAAGAGGGUUGGAGACCGAAGUUGACGAACGUUGAACGACAGCGUGUGUGUCGGGUGCACUACUGUUGGGAGCACAAAAGCUGCUUAGAUCUUCGCGUCCUCUCGCAUUGGUCACUACUUAUCCGCCUACGCUUGACUCGGGAACCUGGUAAGUGUAACCAAUUUUAUUCAAAUUGUGACUUGACGUUGUAGCUUGUCUGAAAAGUGACGGUGGUCAUGCCUUCUUUUGUAGUCACUAUUCGUACGAACAAAAGAACCACCGAAGUUCUUA